AUGACGUACGAAGGCGCCAUUGGCAUCGAUCUCGGCACGACGUACUCGUGCGUUGGUGUGUGGCAGAACGAGCGCGUGGAGAUCAUUGCGAACGAUCAGGGCAACCGGACGACGCCGUCGUAUGUGGCGUUUACCGACACAGAGCGUCUGAUCGGUGAUGCGGCGAAGAACCAGGUGGCGAUGAACCCGACGAACACCGUCUUCGACGCGAAGCGCCUCAUUGGGCGGAAGUUCAGCGACGCCGUUGUGCAGUCGGACAUGAAGCACUGGCCCUUCAAGGUCAUCGCGAAGGGCGACGACAAGCCGGUGAUCCAGGUGCAGUUCCGCGGCGAGACCAAGACGUUCAACCCCGAGGAGGUGA